AUGAAUUCGCUGUUACAAUGUGCAGCAUGCAAAUCUCGUCUUUAUGAACCAGUGACCCUUUCAUGUGGAUAUACAAUCUGUAGCUCAUGUACCCAACCACCUUCCAGCGAUGCUACUGUAUUCGUCUGCCCUGCCAAACAAUGCCAUCAACCCACUCACUUGUUUGCGAGGAAUCAAGUAGCACAUCACGUUGACAGCACUCUCCAGCGCAUCAUCGAAGCAGUGUCAAUUAACGGUGAUAUCAAGUAUCUUCUUUGUUGCCCUCAUUGCCAUGAUACGCUAUGCGAACCUGUAACAACACAAUGUGGGCACACCUGUUGCUAUGGUUGCAUGCUGAAGCUCAAAUGUCAAGGAAAAUCAUGCACCGAAUGCCAAUCACCUUUACCACACUACAGCUACCUCAACCGUCAAGCUAGCAUCAACCGCCUACUUGAACAAAUUGUGCGCUUUUUUGCAUAUCCGAAAAUUCAACAACAAGUUGUUCGCCAGCAACAUGAGUAUCGCUCGCCAUUGUUUACGACUGGGUCGAUUAUACUACCACGCCAACGUACCCAUUUUUCUCUUUUCAAAUCAUCGGAUCUACACCUCCUCGAAAAAGCUCUCUUGUAUUCAAACGGCUCACUUUAUUUACCAGUGAUCCAUCACGUACGAUCUUCAACACCACCACGCUAUGGCACAUUGAUUCAAGUCAUUGGUGUGGAAGAGCGCUAUUCUCCUAUCACUGGAAAAGCCAUCUUGCUCAACGUGAGGGGUCGUGAACGCAUCAAGGUAUCGGAUAUUGAGCAAGUCAUGGAGGAUGGGAUGGCUAUUAUGGUGGCAACGUAUGGGUUAGUGCCUGUCAAUGCUAUGGAUAAUUGUGACAUUGUGCGUACCACAGCAUGCGAUAUUGAGAUGCGUAUUCGUCAACUAGCCGCACAUGAUACGACGACCACAACGACAACGAUGGUAUCAAAGCAACAAAGCCAUCCUACGUUGACAACCCAUGUUGCCGGUCUUUUAGGACGUAAAUGGUUGGAGGAUAUGCAACAGCAGCAAGGGCUAUUACCAUCCCCUGCGAAACCUGAUUCUCUUGUAUGGUGGGUGGCAGUUGCAUUGCCAAUCAGUGUCGAGCAACGUUAUCGUUUGCUGUGCUCAGAGUCAUUGCAGCACCGAUUACACCUCGUGCUUUCUUGGAUCACUCAGCUCAGCUCUCAAUGGCAAUAUUGCCGUCGGAUGGCCAACCAGGCUUUGGCUACUGUGUUUGAUCAACAACCCUACAACAAGAUGCUCUAA